AUAUAUAUAUAUAUAUGGUCUGUUCUAAGACUCUGAAGGAGGGCAACUGUAAAACAAAAGUUCUCUCUUCAUCUUCAAAUUGUUUGUUUAGAGAGAGAACAUGGAGAGGAGGGCAUGGCUAAGGGGUAUGUGGGAGAUGGUGAAGGAGAUGUUUUGCCAAAAGCUACUCACUUGCCAUCUUCCUUCUUCUCUUGUUCUACCAAACCAUUUAUCUGCUCUUACCAUCAUCGUCACCGGCGCGACGAGCGGUAUUGGUCUUGAGACGGCAAGGGAACUCGCUAAGGCAGGGGCCCACGUUAUCAUGGCUUGCAGGAACACCAAGGCUGCAAAUGAUAUCGCACGUCAGUGGAGGUUGGAGGUGCACAAUAGCAGGUCUCUUAAGGUUGAGGUCAUGGAGUUGGACCUCCUCUCGCUCGCCUCCGUCCGGCGGUUCGCCGGCGUCUGGGAGCAACGAGCAAUGCCCCUGCAUGUUCUGAUCAACAAUGCCGGAGUCUUACUCAUGGGAGAGCCACAACGAUUUUCCAAUGAUGGUCUUGAGCAACACAUUCAAGUAAACCAUGUCGCACCGGCUCUGUUGACGCUUCUUCUCUUACCAUCUCUACUCAGAGCUCAGGCUUCUCGGAUUAUUAAUGUUAAUUCUGUGGCUCAUCAUUGUGCAGUGGUGGAGCCCAAAUACUGGAACAGCAAGAUUAACGAGUGCAGGUUCAGUGGCAUCAAGGCAUAUGGGGCCAGCAAACUUGCACAUCUCAUGUUUCUAAAGAUCUUAGCUAACAAACUUUUAGAACAAAAAAUUAGGGCUUCCAUUCAAUGCAUAGCUGUACAUCCAGGAAUUGUCACUACUAACUUGGUUCCUGGUGUCAAGAAGAAAUCUUUCUGGAUGUUUGACCCUACUGAGGGGGCAAGGAGUGUCCUCUUCUGCGCAACAAGCGAUGACGUGGCCAGAAACCUGGAAAAGGGUUUUGCAUACUACUCAUGUAACUGCAAGCCAGGAAGAGUGUCACCCCAUGCAGCUGAUAUGGAUUCAUGCUUAGAUGUCUGGCAGAAGACACUGGACAUUUUGCAAUUUAAUGGUGAUUAUCUUUCCCAUGUCAUCAAUUAAGCAUACGAUAGACUCAACUAAUUAAAAUGUAUAUUUUCUUUAA